GAAGAUGUACAUAAAAGUAUAGCUGGACUUCUCUGCUCGUCGGUUCUGAAAAAAAACUGAAAGCUAAAGAAAUGGCUGAUAAACCGCUAACGACCAAAGCAGGUGAGAGUGUAGAUGCCGAAGACUUGCUCUCAUCUGGGCAACAUUCCGCUCUCCAUGCUGAGCACAUCCCGACGCCUACGACGGCAAUUGAACGUGAGCCAUACGGGCCGCCAGGCUUGCGUGGGCUUGUGAGCAAUCCGUUUGUCUUGCUGUGCGCGGCGUGUUCGACGCUGGGCGGGCUGAUCUUUGGCUAUGAUCAAGGUGUUGUAUCAGUCAUUCUGGUCAUGGAUCAGUUCCUAGCGCAGUUCCCACGAGUAGCUGCUGGGACUGCUGGAGCCGGCUUCUGGAAGGGGCUAAUGACUGCUAUGAUCGAGCUCGGGGCCUUCUUGGGUGCUUUGAGCCAGGGUUGGAUCGCUGACAAGAUCUCACGGCGGUAUUCGAUCCUUGUCGCUGUCGCUGUCUUCUCCAUCGGCUCAAUCUUGCAAACUGCGGCAGUCAGCUAUCCUAUGCUCACUAUGGCUAGACUCGUCGGAGGUCUGGGAAUCGGCAUGUUAUCGAUGGUUGCGCCAUUGUAUAUCUCCGAGAUCAGUCCCCCUGAAUGCCGUGGAACUCUUCUUGUUCUUGAAGAGUUCUGCAUUGUUCUUGGUAUCGUCAUCGCCUUUUGGAUUACUUUCGGCACACGGUACAUGUCUGGUGAAUGGGCGUGGCGCUUGCCCUUCCUUCUUCAAAUGGUUCCUGGGUUUGUUCUUGCUGCCGGUGUAGUCAUACUUCCCUUUUCUCCGCGAUGGUUGGUUGCUCAGGGCCGGGCCGAUGAAGCGCUCCAAAGUCUCAGCAAGUUACGCCGUCUUCCUACCUCUGACAAACGCGUGCGCCAAGAGCUCCUUGACAUCCAAGUUGAAGUGCGUUUCCACCAACAAAUGAGCGCCGAGAAGCAUCCAACACUUCAGAGCGUCGGAAUGCAAAACGCUUUGCGGCUUGAGUUAGUAUCUUGGUUGGAUUUAUUUAAGAAGGGAUGUCGGUGCCGAACACAUGUUGGGGUGAUGUUGAUGUUCUUUCAACAGUUUGUAGGUAUAAACGCGCUAAUCUACUACUCUCCCACUCUUUUUGAGACCAUGGGUCUCGAUUAUAAGAUGCAGCUCAUAAUGUCUGGCAUUCUCAAUGUCUUGCAACUCGUAGGGGUCAUUACUUCCGUCUUUACAAUGGACACGCUCGGUAGACGCAAACUACUCCUGGGCGGAUCAAUCCUUAUGGCCUUAUCACACAUUAUAAUUGCCGUACUCGUUGGUUUAUAUAAUAAGGAAUGGCCAACGCAUCGGGCGCAAGGGUGGAUUAGCGUUGCAUUUCUUCUAUUCUACAUGGUCGCCUUUGGGGCAUCAUGGGGCCCUGUUCCUUGGGCUUUACCGUCUGAAAUUUUCCCAUCUUCCUUACGCGCCAAGGGUGUUGCUCUUGCCACUUGCUGCAAUUGGUUCUGCAAUUUCAUCAUCGGCCUUAUUACCCCACCACUUGUCGAAGACACCGGGUAUGGAGCUUACCUCUUCUUUGCAAUAUUCUGCGUGCUUUCUGGGCUGUGGACAUACUUUUUCGUGCCCGAGACCAUGGGACGUACGCUAGAGCAGAUGGACCACAUUUUCAAGGACAAUUCAAGUGCGGGUGAAGAGGCGGCAAGAGAAGCUAUUGAGGAGGAUUUAACACGAGGUGAGCGAGUGGGCGUAUAGAUUUGCGCUUAUCCUUCUCAGGUGUGUAGACGCGUCAGAAUAUGAAUAUGGACUCUUGAUUGGUAAACGCAUCGCAGUGGACAGCAGAAAUACCAACCAGUCCGAUGCCAGCGAUAUCAAUUGAACAAUACCUAGGCUAAAGUACUCAUCCAUAUCUUGAUGUUCAUUACGGGCCAAUUGGUAUCAAUUGAUGCCCGCCGUGAAUGACGAAAUUUCCGGAACAUUCUCAAAAAGCCAUUUCAUGGCCAAUAUCCAUUAACGUAUUUCACCAACGAACGGCCAACACCCUCGAACGGCCAACCGCCAAUUCGCAUACAAAACUGGUAUUUUUAAGCUCUCAAUAUUUCGCCACUUUUACUAGGAAAUAUAGUUUGAAAUUGG